CAGAGGCACUGGGUCUCUGAGUAACUCCCUUCACAAAACCUUUGCGAUGUUCCUCGCUAAAGCUUUGCUGAGUGGAGGAGGUAGUAGUGAUCGUGGAGGGAGCCUUGCACGUGGCCUUGGAGGUCUCCUAACAGGAGGUAAACAUGGAAUGAAUCUUGGAGGACUUGUUGGAGGUCUUGUCAAUUUUAUAAGUGAAGCAGCAGCUCAGUAUAAUCCAGAGCCACCUCCACCUCCUCACAACCAUUUUGCGAAUGUGGAAGCUUAUGAGAGUGAGGAGAUCAGACAGUUUCGUCGCCUUUUUGCCCAGCUGGCUGGAGAUGACAUGGAAGUGUGUGCCACAGAGCUAAGGGACAUCCUGAACAAAGUGGUUUCCAGACAUCAAGACUUGAAGACAGAUGGCUUCAGCUUAGACACGUGCCGUAGCAUGGUAGCUGUCAUGGACAGUGAUACAAAUGGCAAACUGGGCUUUGAAGAGUUUAAGUACCUGUGGAACAACAUCAAGAAAUGGCAAUGUGUAUACAAGCAGUAUGAUACUGAUCAGUCAGGUGCUGUUGGGAGAGCUCAGCUGCUGGAUGCCUUGAAGGCUGCAGGGUUCCACCUGAACGAACAACUCUGCCAGGUAAUUGUGCGCAGGUAUGCCAACGAGGAUGGUGGCAUGGAUUUCAACAACUUCAUUAGCUGCUUGGUACGACUGGACAGCAUGUUCCGGGCCUUCAAGUCCCUGGACCGAGAUGGAGCUGGACAGAUCAGAAUGACCAUUGAAGACUGGCUGCAGCUGACCAUGUAUUCGUGAAGGCACAGCAGAGAAUAAGCAGCUUCG